AGCGCCGGGGCGCGGUGAGGGCUGUGCGGGACCGGGCUGUGCGGGACGGACGGUGCUCGCCUCGCUCCGCUGCCGCAGCCAUGUCCCGGGAGCCCGAGAUUAUGGAGUCGCAGGUGAUGUGGGAGCCUGACACGAAGCGCAACACCCACAUGGACCGGUUCCGCGCCGCCGUGGCUAGCAGCUGUGGGCUCCGCCUGGCCAACUAUGAUGAUUUAUACCAGUGGUCAGUGGAGUCCUACUCAGACUUUUGGGCAGAAUUCUGGAAGUACAGUAACAUCGUCUGCUCUCGCCUCUAUGACGAGGUGGUGGAUACAUCCAAAAGUAUCGCAGAUGUCCCCGAGUGGUUUAAGGGCAGCCGACUGAACUAUGCAGAGAAUCUCCUGAAGCACAAGGACAAUGACAAGGUUGCACUGUAUGCAGCAAGGGAAGGCAAAGAAGAAAUCCUGAAAGUUACUUUUGAAGAACUGAGACAAGCUGUAGCUUUGUAUGCUGCAGCCAUGAGGAAGAUGGGAAUAAAAGUAGGAGACAGAGUUGUGGGUUAUUUGCCCAACGGCAUCCACGCGGUGGAAGCGAUGCUGGCCGCUGCGAGCAUCGGUGCCAUCUGGAGCUCCACAUCCCCAGACUUCGGCAUUAACGGUGUACUGGACAGAUUUUCCCAAAUUCAGCCUAAGCUCAUCUUCUCUGUUGAAGCUGUUAUAUACAAUGGCAAAGAGCACAACCACUUGGAAAAGCUGCUGAGGGUGGUAAAAGGGCUUCCAGACCUAAAAAAAGUGGUGGUGAUUCCAUAUGUAUCUUCAAGAGAAUCCAUAGAUAUUUCUAAGAUCCCAAACAGUGUCUUUUUAGAAGACUUCCUUGCCACUGGGAAAGGAGACCAGCCUCCCCAGCUGGAGUUUGAGCAGCUGCCUUUCAACCAUCCUCUCUUUAUCAUGUAUUCCUCAGGCACCACAGGGGCACCAAAAUGCAUGGUUCACUCAGCAGGGGGUACCUUAAUACAGCACCUGAAGGAACACAUUCUUCAUGGCAACAUGGGCAGCAAUGAUGUGAUCAUGUACUACACAACGAUUGGCUGGAUGAUGUGGAAUUGGCUGGUGUCUGCACUUGCUACAGGAGCUUCAGUGGUCCUGUAUGAUGGAUCUCCUCUAGUUCCUUCACCAAAUGUGCUCUGGGACCUGACUGACAGACUAGGGAUCACCAUCCUUGGAACGGGUGCAAAGUGGCUGGCUGUGCUAGAAGAGAAAAAUUUAAAGCCAUGUGAAACCCACAAUCUCCAAACACUCCACACCAUCCUGUCCACGGGAUCACCUCUCAAAUCUCAGAGCUAUGAGUAUGUCUACAAACACAUAAAAAGCAGUGUCCUCCUGGGAUCCAUUUCAGGUGGUACAGAUAUAAUUUCAUGUUUCAUGGGUCACAAUGUUACAGUUCCUGUUUACAAAGGAGAGAUUCAGGCCAGAAAUCUUGGAAUGGCUGUAGAAGCAUGGAAUGAUGAAGGAAAACCAGUUUGGGGUGAAAGUGGGGAGCUGGUUUGCAUCAAGCCCAUUCCCUGUCAGCCCACACACUUUUGGAACGAUGAGAAUGGAAGCAAAUACAGAAAGGCUUAUUUUUCCAAAUUCCCAGGUGUUUGGGCCCACGGUGAUUACUGCAAAAUUAACCCCAAGACUGGAGGAAUUGUCAUGCUGGGUCGCAGUGAUGGUACAUUAAAUCCAAAUGGAGUAAGAUUUGGAAGCUCUGAAAUCUAUAACAUAGUGGAGGCCUUUGAGGAGGUGUCUGACAGCCUCUGCGUCCCUCAGUACAACAAGGACGGCGAGGAGAGGGUGAUCCUGUUCCUGAAGAUGGCCUCCAGCCACGCCUUCAGCCGCAGCCUGGUGAAGCGCAUCCAGGACGCCAUCCGCCUGGCGCUCUCCGCCAGGCACGUCCCCAGCCUCAUCCUGGAAACCAAAGGCAUCCCGUAUACAGUAAAUGGGAAGAAAGUGGAAGUUGCUGUGAAGCAAAUAAUUGCAGGGAAAGAAGUUGAGCAGCGGGGAGCUUUCUCAAACCCAGAGGCUUUGGACCUGUACCAAAAUAUUCCUGAGCUUCAAGACUAUUAAAGUCACUUGUUUGGGGUUUUUUUUGGGUCUUUUUUGUGUCUGUCUUUGUUCUGUAUUUGUUUUGUAUAUACCAAUACUGUAUGUAAAGAAAAAGCUCUAUUUAAUACCAGUGGUUCUUUUAAAAGGAAAAAAAAUAUUUCAUGAAGUGCAUUAUGAAAGGCUUGGGUAAAGCUUAGCUCCCUUUUAUUGGUUAAAUAUGCCAUAUAUUUUGGAGUUUUUUCCAGCCUGGAAGGAGAAACCUGCCUGUUUUGAUUUUUAUAUAUAUGAGUGCAUCUUUUCUGGUUAGAUUUACAUCAGCAGCCCAUCAAAUGGUAGCAUCCAAUAGUUACAGAUAGAAGAAUAUUUCUUUCAUUAAAUGUUUGCUUUUUUUUAAAUUUACUGGAUUUUUAGCAACCUUUUUUAAUCCCUGUGUUUGUCCCCUGUAAGGGGUACACAGUGAUUUUAACCCCUUCUCCCUGAACCAUGCAAGUGUUCUGUGUAGUGUGCAUUAAGAUGUUUUUAUAAAGCCAAAUCAUAAUGCACUAAACCCUGAUCUGACUUGACUCAGAAUCAUUUCAGUCUUGAAAUAUCUCAUGGUACCUUUGAGGGUAAUUGCUGCUUCAUUUUGUGCUGUAGCCUUCUCAUUGUUUCAGGCUGUUGGCUCAGAGACUUGUGGGGGCUCAGAAGGUGAAGGGAGCAUUUUCCUCCUCCUUAUUCCUGGGGUAACUCCAGGUUCUUUCCAUGGAAUUUACUGUCCUUACUGUGGAUUAACACAAUUAUGGUUGAAGAAGACAUUUUGCUUCCUUGGUGGAAGUCCUCUAUUGGCUCAAAGGUUAGCUGAGGAAUUCCAGGGUGUUUCUUUAUUAAAAGCUGAUGGGUUUUGUAACUUUUUUUACUAAAUGUCAUGUUGAAAGUGAGAGACCCCUUUUCUAGGUCUGUAACCCUCCAGUUUAUAAAGGGAAAAAUACUGUAAUUAAAAUGAGCUUACUGAAACAGUGAAAUGGAAGCACUAAAGUGUUUUGUUUUUCAUAAAAUACAGUUGCAGUAGUUGUACCAACCCUCUGGCAUUCAGUGUCUCCUGCACUAUUUGAAUUUUGUGGGUGAAAUAUUAUUGUACUUAAAAUUGUGUUGAAUUGCAUUCAGCGUUGAUAAAGAAUUAAUUAAAAGGAAUCAAUUCUUUAUAUAUAAUAAUUAUAUAUUACAUCUCUCAGCUGUUGCUGUCUUUUUAUUUUGUCAUGCAUUAAUAUUUUAGCUUUGUUUGUUACUGAUUUUAAUGGGUUUAAUCCAAGUCCAACUUAGUCCAAAACUUCCUGUGCUGGUACUUUCUCUGCUCUACCAAGUCAAGCCAUGCUGGUGUGAUAAUAAAAGUACCAAGCACCCAUUAGAAAAGUAUAAAAAGGAGCUAUCAAACUGCCAAUAACCUAAGAUUAAAAGUACUUUUAAAUUCCUUCCCCCUCUGGCUUGCUAUAUAUAAAUUUUACAUUAACUGUGACUUUGUAUUCAUUAAAACUUCAUUAUAUUGUUCUUUAA